AUGGCUGCCCUGGGGCUGGAUCAGGUUUUGGAGCUUGCCAACGAAUAUGACGCGCAGGGCAAUGAAGGCCGCGGUGAAGGCGCAGAGAGGGAGCGCCGGCGCGGCCGGGGUCAAGCCCGGCGCCAGCCAUUAGGAAGAGGCCUAAGGCAACGCAAUCAAAGGGCGAAUCUGCAGGCCCGACGGGCUGGGGCGCGCUUUGCGGUCAAGAAACGGCAGCUUGUCUUGCAGAGCGAGCACUUCAACAAGACAGGGCAGGCGCGCACGCAGGAUCACCAGCUACCAGAUGCAGAGCUCAGCAGAAAGGUUGCCACAGGUCGGCACAGACCCGGCAAACAGCUGCUCAGUGUUGUGCAAUAUGCGCAGUGGGCCAUGGCCUCUCCUCCCAGCGUGGCGGGCGGAGGCCUCGGGCCAUGCAACGUGGCAGCCGAGCACACUUGCGGAGUGGGCCGAAGCAAGGUCGCUGACCAGGACGACAUUUGUCGCGGCGCUGGGUGCUGCAGUGGUCGAGAGGAAGCUGUGGACAAGGCCGAGAAGCUUAUCGUGGCCGAGAUCCUGAAGCCAAUGCCUCUGCCGGCGAUGAACAAAUGGAAUAAGGCCGCCUUCAAGGCUGAAUUUGGCGCGCUGCGCGACGAUGAAGAGUCUAACAACAGCAACAGCGAAGACGCCAAGCUGGAAGUGCCCAUCAAUGAAGCCAAGAAGUGGCGAAUCCUUGCGCGUAGGCGCAACAUGCGCGCUACCAACUUUUUGGCGGAGCCGCAGUCCCUGUGGAUCAAUUUGCUUUGGUGCCACUUGGCCUGUAGUUCCAUGGCGCUGCGCGCGAUGCUCUUCAAAAAUGCGGCUUGGUUCUCAGACAGGUCUCCGCGGGAGUUGUCAAGGCCCCGGCACUUGCUGGGCAUAUUCUGCGACCCUGAUACCAACCCUGCAUGGGCCAAUCUGCAAGAGCUGCUGGACAUUCUGGAAAAUCCCGAGCAGCGCUUGCCCUUCCUUGUGUGGAAGUUCGGCCCUGUGGCCAGAUGGCCGCAGGCCCGGCGUCGAAUUGUUCGGAAGGCCAUCAUGGUAAUGACUGGGCAGCUGGCUCGCAAGUUGAUUUUGCCGUGGAAGCAGUAUCCUUGGCGUCUUUGGCCGCUGGCCUUGCAAGAUGUUGACGAGCGGGAGCGACAAGCUUGCGCGCAAGCUUUGCUGAGCAGCAAGCCUUGCUGCUUGGACAGUGGCUUUUCCAAGCGUUUGAAAGCUUUGCAUCCCAGGGAAUCGGAGCUUCUGAGCGCGGAGGUUCGGAGCUUUUUGGAUGCAGCUUUUGCCAGGGUCACAGUGACAUCCACUUUCAUCGAGCGAUACAACGUCUUCUUGUCCGAUUUCCGCAAAAACCUUCGAGCGCAAGACGUUGGGGGCGAUGGGGGCAGGGCUAAUUUCGCGCAAGACGCCACAGCUGCUUGGCGGAGUCUUUCUGCAGCAGACAAAGCCUCGUACAGCCUCCGAGCCAGAGGCAUCAAUGGCCUGCGGAAGAGAAGCGCAGAGAGCCUUGAGGAAGCUGCCCCGGAAGCAGAUGAAAGCGGCGGCCUAUGGGGCAUGUGUAACUUGCAGGAGAAGUGGCCGAUUUCGUCCAAUGUGCUCCGAGCAGACAUGGGAGAAGAGCGUGCCGCUUUGAAGGACCACCAGGCGCUGAUUGAGACGGACGACGACCUGCCAGAUGCCAGCGACAGUUUGUUUUCUGUAUGCCCGCACGGUGGGUACGAGGCUUCGCUGGGAGAAGACGAGCUGCAGGUCUAUCGUGAAAUUCACGAUGAUUUGGUGACAGCGUUCAGGGCGCACGAGCCUCUCAAGCGCGAUCUGUCAGCCCACCCGCUGAUUCUGCAGUGGCGUUCUUCUUCCAAACAGCAGCAGAGGUUCGCGGCAGUUGCCUUCAACGUGCGCAAGGCUCCGUGGGACAUGGUGAUGCUACAGCUGGAGCCGCAGAGUGACUCGGAUGGCUCUCGGUGCCCUUUUGUCUUGAAGAUGCAGCGCGGACGCGGCGUGCGCCUCUUGCGUGCAGACAUUGAGUUUUGCAACGAGCUUGCGCGCAGCGCAUCAGAAAUGCGGCAAAUCCAAAGAGCUGCAAGGGCUGCGAAGCUCGCCCAAGGGCUGGUCGUUGCCGCAAAGCGACAGAAGAGAGGCCAAGGCAGACGCAGAGGGAGAGGCCAGCGGCCGCCGCCCUUGCAAGGCGACGACGACCUUUCCUUUUCGGAAGGCUGGGGCUCAGAUUCGGCCUCGGAAGCGGAGGAAGUCGAGGCGAAUCCUGCCAGCUCGUCCGCAGGACCAGGGUCGGCUAGUUCGUCCGCAGGACCAGGGUCUGCCGCUGCUGCUUCCAGUGGGCCUGCUCCGCCGGUGAAGAGCAAGCUGCAAUCCAGAGCCAUUCCUUGGGGUCCAUUUCAGAUCGCGCCGAUCGUCCCGGCCGCGGGCCAGAGUGGGUGGGGAGCCAUUGGCGGACAGCAUUGCGAUCAAGGGAACACGCUGUCUUGCAAGAAGGCCGUGAGCCGCAGCAGCACACUGACUGAUGCUGACUGCGUUCUACGCCUGAAACGAUGGCUCCUUGCGGGCCACUCUGACCAACAGUGGCCGAGCCACAGGCGACGCUCGCACCACGUUGAGCUAGGUGGCAAAGGCUUGCAGGACUUCGCGGAUGGCAUGACAGAAGCAGAGAUGGAUGAGUUGGUCGCUUCUUGGAGUUGA